AUGCCAUCCUCUCGGUCGAUGGUCGCUCUCUGGCUGGCAGCCGCACUGCUUUGCCUCGCUAAUGGCCAGCAAGUCGGAACAUCCUGCCCGCAGCCUCGCAUCCGCAAGUCCUGGGACUCGUACACUGCCGCGGAGAAGGCCCUGUACACUGAGGCGGUGGGCGUGGCCAUGGAUCGCGGUUUCCACCAGAAGUUCGUGCAGAUCCACACGGAGCAGCUCACGGGACUGGAAGCGCAUCAGUCGUGCGUCUUCAUCUACUGGCACCGGAUGCUGCUGCUGGGCUACGAGAACAUGCUGCGUAGCCUCAACACGGCGUAUCAGUGCAUCACGCUGCCUUACUGGGACCACCUCUCGGGAUCCGCUCGUCAGGCGAACAACAACUGCUCCAGCAUCGAAGAGUGCUCCUCUAUUAUCGCCGACUUUGGCGGCACAACUACUGGAGUGAGCAAAUCGCUGUCGGUUUACGGCUCAAGUAUCCCCAACUCGAUCAAGACGGUCUGCGUGACUCAAGGCCCGGCCUACCGCUUCUGCGGGAACAACACGGGAUGCGCCCACUGCAUUCUCCGGACACGCAGCAAAUACCUGAGUGCCACAACGUAUCCGAACGAGGCGUCCUUCGGGUCGGUGUACCAGCAAGUAUUCACGUACAGCGACUCGGGAAGUUUCACCUCUGCGGUCGAGCGAGGCAUCCACAACACGAUUCACAACGCACUGGGUGGAGUGAUGACGUACCUGCAGGCCCCAGUUGAUCCGGUGUUCUACUCUCAUCAUUCACUGAUCGACUUGCUCCAGACCAUCUACCUGAAGUGCCAGAUUGGCGAUGAGAAAGCUUUUCUAUCAGCAGAAAACAAAAGUAGCGAUCCGCGGGUCUGGACGUCCUGCACUCGGUCCAAUGGUGGGAACUUCCGGGACUCGGAUAAUAUCACCAUGCGUGCACUGGCGAACGAUGGCAAGACAUACGUGAACGUCUGGCAGGACCCGAACAACAUUUUGUACCCAUUUUUCAAGGAUAUGCCGUACCAGUACGCUGACUACGUCGACGCCAAGGACCUGAAGGGCUACAGCUACACGUACGAUAUCAGCGGCGGGCUGGCCAACAUGUACCAGAACUGCAAGGAUUCCAACACCUUCAGUGCGAUAUCGCUCCUCGCGGAUAGUCAGCAGACCACCAAGAAGAAGAAUCCGCUGCUUCCGACGAUAUCCGAGGGCACGGAGGAGGACGAUGCAGUGCGCCUCUGGCACAUUGCGUUGUUUGAAGCUGCACAGAUUGUCGGGUUCCAAGACUGGGCUGCGAGAGAUCAGAUGGAGAUGAUUGCGUGCGUGCAUCAUGGGGAGUGUAUCGGCCCUAUCGACGACUACACCAACCUGUUCCGAACCAACUUUGGAGUCACGGGCCACACGCGCUGCUUCUCCAUUCUCCAGGACAUCAUGGAAGGCACGCGUAUCAUCGGGAUUCCGAUGUGGCGCGAAAUCACGAGUCGGUUCUUGCCCUGCCCUUUGCAAGAGGAAGAUGGCUCGGACUCGGAGGGAGGCUCGGAAGCCGCGGUGGCAUAG